AUGAAGAAUUGUAUUUCGCUUCGUCCACUUGCGAGAGCGUCUACGCCUAUCAAUAAUAGGCUGUAUAAGUGCAGGCGACCGGUUGUAUGCUCAUCACGAUGUCGAAACUACUCUACGCAUCCGCCGAAUGCGAGACUCAACCUACCACCUGACUACUCAACUACGCCACUACUAGCACACAGCUCUCAGGCGGCACUUUCUAACCCAGAGUUACCGCCUGAAGCUAGAAAUGGUACGGCAAAACGUAUGAAUCUAUUCCAGGCCAUAAACGAUGCCUUGUCGAUAGCGCUUGCCGAAGAUGAGAACGUUCUGGUAUUUGGCGAAGACGUAUCCUUUGGUGGCGUGUUCCGUUGUACGAUGAAGCUUGCCGAGAAUUUUGGAGGAGCUCGCGUCUUCAAUACACCUCUGACGGAGCAAGGCAUCGUGGGAUUCGGCAUCGGGUUAGCCGCCGAGGGUAUGCGACCAGUAGCCGAAAUCCAGUUCGCUGAUUACGUCUACCCUGCAUUCGACCAAUUAGUAAACGAGGCCGCGAAAUAUAGAUACCGCGAAGGGGGAACCGGAAGAAGUGCGGGCGGCCUGACGGUGCGAAUGCCGUGCGGAGGCGUCGGCCACGGAGGAUUGUACCAUUCACAGUCACCCGAGAGCCUCUUCACUCAUAUUCCUGGUUUAAGAGUGAUAAUACCGAGAUCUCCACUACAGGCCAAGGGGCUGUUGCUUUCUGCUAUUAGGAGUAAUGACCCGUGCGUUUUCCUAGAACCCAAAAUCCUAUACCGAGCGGCCGUCGAACAAGUGCCGACAAAUCCAUAUACCUUACCCCUCUCCAAGGCAGAGAUACUUAAGGAGGGCAAGGACGUUACUAUUAUCUCAUACGGACAGCCACUAUAUACAUGUAAUGCUGCCAUUCAAAAGGCAGAAGAAGACUUGGGAAUUUCGAUAGAACUCAUCGACCUGCGAACCGUAUAUCCUUGGGACAAAGAGUGCGUCUUCGAGAGCGUGCGGAAGACGGGGAGGUGCAUGGUGGUCCACGAAUCCAUGGUAAACGCAGGGAUAGGGGCCGAGGUGGCCGCGGCGAUCCAAGAGGACCCAGACACGUUUAUAAGACUGGAAGCUCCGGUGUCGCGAGUGGCAGGAUGGGGUAUAUUCACACCGUUGAUGUUUGAGAAGUUCAACAUUCCCGACGUAGCUAAUAUCAAAGCCCUGACUUUCAACGAACCCGAUAUUGUCUCUAGACUGGGACCCGCGUUCGAGAGGUACAACGAGGAGCAGUUCGUCACCGCCAAGCUGCCCGGCAGCAGUCAACAAGUUAUCAUCAGCUCGCAUAGCUCCCUCGGCAACGGGCAAUACUACGACGUCGAGAGUUCGUCAAGCUUCACCUUCGACCAUGUCACCCAGAAAGCGAGCAACGUUCAGAGCUACGUGCUAGAAGGACCCCAGGCAGAUUUAGUGAAGUCGACACUAAAAAGCAUCUCGGCAUAUGUCAAGGAGCACUACCCGAGCGGUUCGUAUGGCGUGUACUCGAUCGAGGGAGACUCCAAGGUCGCCGUCAUAAUCGUCGCCAACAAGUACAGUCCGAACAACUACUGGAACGGCCGCUGGCGCUCCCUCUACAUCUUCGACCCUUCGAGCAGCAGCCUCGAGGGCAGCGUCAAAGUCGACGUGCACUACUACGAGGACGGCAACGUACGUCUGCUCACCAACAAGCCCAUCGCCGCAUCCGUGCCAUCAGGCACCGGAGCCGGCAUCGCCAAGGAGAUCAGCGCCGGCGAGCGCAAGUACCAGGAGGAGCUGAACAGGGGGUUCACGAGCCUGAGCGAGGGCGCCUUCAAGGGCCUGCGGCGACAGUUGCCCGUCACGCGCCAGAAGAUCGAAUGGGAUAAGGUCGCGAGUUACCGUGUCGGACAGGAUAUCGGAGGGGCUGCUAGAAGAUAG